GUUAAAUAUAUAAAUAUAAUCGCAAAAAGAAAAGAAUAAAUAAAUAAAUAAAUAAAAUAAAAAAAAAAAAAUAGAAGAUGUCUUGUAAAGCGUAUGCGUUUACCUGCAGUAUUGCGUUAAUUACUUUGUUGGCCAUACGAACAGUUGCCGCCGACAUUGAUGAUAACGAAGUCAACGAUGCUCAAGACCAUUAUAUGAUUCAGGGCGUAAAGGUGUAUCAAGGUGAUCGACAAUGCGUCCUAGUUGGUGGUCUUUGUGUCCAUAGUAGCGAUUGUCUUCAACCGACCACUAACAAGGGCUUAUGCCCAUCGAAUGCGCAUCGUGGCGUCGAAUGCUGUUAUGAAUUACCUGUGAGGCCGGCUCCUUGUGUUCAACAUAUGGGCGCAUGCAUGGACAGAUGCCCUACAGCCCUUACAAGACCGGGCAUAGACUGUGAGAAUGGAAAGAUCUGCUGCGUAUUAAUAUGAAUAAUUUUUGACAGACCCUCAACAGUUCUGGGCAACUAGCGACAGAUCUCUUCAUAAUGGCCACGGAUGCAAAGGUGUGGCUGUAAAUUGCAAAAACGCGACUUCAGAAAAACGAUUAAAUGGAUUAAGUUAGUUAAAAUAUUUUAGUUGUUAUUAGUAUUUUUUUUUUUUUUUUUUUUUUUUUUUUUUUACUAUAAAGAAAUGAAAACUGUGUUCAGAUUUUUAUUAUUAGAAUGAUACAAUCGAUACAUUUUAACAAGCAUAUUAUUAUAUUAUUUAUUUAUUGUAUUUAUAAUAUAUAUAUUAAACGAACUACUACCAUGUCGCUUACUCGUACAUAACUUCCAUUCAUUUACUAAUGGAAGUUUUAAGCUAAAA